GGGUUUAUAAUUCUUUAUUCUUUUCCCCACUCAAACCUGCUCUACCCUUUUUAACUUCUUGCUUCAUUCCUUGUGCUUCCUUUGUUCAAAUCUACUGAAACACAAAAAACAAAACCCCUUCUUGAUCUUCAAACCCUUCAUUCCAAUUUCACAAUUUUUGAUCAAAUUUUAGGGCAAAGUCUUGGGCUUUCUGCAAAUCUUGAGUCUGAAACUUACCCAACUGAAAAAGACUACAUCUUUUGAAGAAAUCCAAGUGGGUUCUUUGAGUUGUGAUUUAAUGGCAGCUGAUGAAUUGAUUGAAGUCAAAUUUAGGUUAGCUGAUGGCACUGAUAUUGGGCCCAGCAAAUACAGUUGUAUAACUACUGUUGGAUCUUUGAAGGAGAAAAUUAUCUCACAAUGGCCCAAAGACAAAGAAAAUGGGCCUAAAACAAUAAAUGACGUGAAGCUCAUAAACGCCGGAAAAAUAUUGGAAAACAACAAAACUCUUGCGGAAUCAAGAUCUCCGGUCAGUGAAAUCCCCGGGGGUGUCAUCACUAUGCUUGUCGUCUUGCGACCACCAAUGGCCGACAAAAAUAGUGAAAAAUCGCAGGAACGCUCUGCGAGAAAGAGCGCUUGUUCUUGCGCAAUCCUUUGAAGUUUAUAUGUCAAGCUCAAACAACAUUUCAGGAUUUUCUGAUGAAUAUUGCAGACAAUGAAGAAAAUUUGGAGUGUUUUUGAAAUUCUGAAAGGGGAGAAAGAAAGAAGCUAUGAUUUUGUGUUGGUAUAUGAAUCAAUAUAGAAGCUUUGUAGAUCAAAAAGAUGUUAAAGAUACAAGAUAUUCAUGGUCUGUUUUUAAGUUUGAUUUAUUUGUUAUAUAUAUAAUGGGUCUGAUUAUUUGGUU